GAAAGCGUUGUCAAAAAUAAUUAUUGGUAAUAGGUAUGCGCUCCUGAUUGUGUAAUUUUUACCCUGCAUUUGUAAACAUUACACGUGUUAAUGUUUUCAAAAAUGAACUUUUGCAAUUUACCCUUUUUAUGUAAUAUUAAAAUUUUUUAAAUGUUUGAUGAAAUAAAUGUUUUUUAACCUUAUGAAAAAUGCGACGGCGUAAAGUUAAUAUCACAAAGAUAAAAGAAAUCGAUGGAUUUUCGAAAUAUGAAGAGGGAUGUGUAGAAACUUCAAGUACAGGUGGUUUUUUUACAAUAAUUAGUGUUUUAUUAAGUUUGUGGCUAAUUUAUUCGGAAUUGAAUUAUUGGCUUAGCAGUCAAUUUAUUUUUAAAUUAUCUGUGGAUGAUGAUCCUAAUGCCAAGCUUUUAAUUAAUAUCGAUAUAACAGUUGCAAUGCCAUGUAACAGUAUUGGAGCUGAUAUACUGGAUUCCACCAAUCAAAAUGUAUUCAAUUUUGGAACCUUGGAAGAGGAAAACACAUACUUUGAAUUAACACCAAAGCAACGACGACAAUUUGAUUCGAUGGUGAAUAUUAACACUUAUUUAAGGGAGGAAUACCAUGCCGUUCAAGAGUUAUUAUGGAGAACAAAUCAACCAGCAAUGAGCUUUAAUCCCGCUAAUUAUGCUAAAGAAACUAUUGAUAAACCGUUUGAUGCUUGUAGAUUGUACGGCCAGUUAACUCUAAAUAAAAUUGCUGGAAAUUUUCAUAUUACUGCCGGAAAAAGUUUAAUUUUACCACGUGGACAUAUUCACAUAAAUACAUUCUUCCAAGAAGAUAAUUACAAUUUUACACAUCGAAUAAAUCGAUUAAGUUUUGGUGAUCAAAGUCCUGGCAUUUUACAUCCCUUAGAGGGUGAUGAAAAAUUUGCAAGCGAAGGCAUGAUGUUAUAUCAGUAUUUUAUCGAAGUGGUUCCAACGUCUGUACAAACAUUUUUUAAGCAAUACAACACUUAUCAAUAUAGUGUUAAAGAACAUACACGGCCUGUCGACCAUGAAAAAGGAAGCCAUGGAAUUCCAGGAAUCUUUUUCAAAUAUGAUAUAUCACCCUUAAAAGUAACCGUUCGGCAAGAAAGGGAUAAUAUAUUUACGUUCAUUGUCAGACUUUUUGCAACUGUUGGUGGAAUUCAUACAGGAAUAGGCAUGUUGAAUACUUUAACGCACAUACUUUGGCAACCCAUAUUCAAAAAUAAAAAAGCUGGAAUUGUAUCUGAUAUUAAGCAAUGAUUUUAUCUUGGCGCACAUUUUUAAUGGUGUUUUUAG